AUGAAUCCGAGUCAGAUUGAGACAAAGCUCAAAGUGGCGAAGGAUCGCCUUGUCCACAAGCUCAAAGUAACACAAGAACAGCUUUCCCAAGAACCUCGACCCGAUGCACUCGCCUUGAAUAUCAACUUGAGACAAUUACAGAACUGUCAAGAACGAGUCAAUAAACUUCGAGAGGAUCUAGAAAAAGCGGUAUUGACAGCUAACGAUAAAGAGGUAACCAAAAAAUUCGAUGCAGAAAUUACAGAAUACGAAACUUUGAACCUCGAUUGUGAUGAUGCGAUUGCAACGAUUAACGCUAUCAGUGAAAAUGAAGAAAAAAGUAAAGAAAAGCUCCAUAGCUCAGAAAAAAAUGUCAAAGUUACGAGUCCAUUUGCAGGCAUGAAAUUACCUGAGUUACCUAAAACGACAUUCAACGGAGAUAUUACAAUGUAUCAAGAAUUCAAACAGAACUUCAACGUCACCAUCGAUAGCAGUGAAUUACCAGAUAAUAGAAAACUAGCAUACCUUAAAACGAUGUGUAUUGGAGAUGCGGAAAAUGACCUGAAAGGGUUCCCUACGACGAAUGAAAACUAUGCAAUAGCCUGGGGAGUAUUAGAAGAAAAGUACGGAAAUUUAAAACGAACGAUUGAUGUCCUGUACAAGAAGAUAACAAAUCUACCAAAAGCAGCUAGCACUACAGCAAGCCUCAGAAAACUAUACGAUGAAAUGGAGGUAGCUUUCCGUACAUUGGAAUCACUCAACGAAUCAUUCGAUGAUAAUACGAUCCUAUUCACCACCGUUAAAGAAAAAUAUCCAAAAGAGAUCGUAUAUGAAAUCUACCAGCAUGCAGAGGGUACUCUUACACUUGCCAAGUUCCGUACUAAACUGAAAGGAAUUAUUCAAAAACGUGAAGAACUGAAUUUUGACACGGAGGUAGCUGAAACCGAACCAUCAACGUACACAACAGAAUCUCUAAUGGUAAAAACGAAUAAUGAGACGAAAAAACCAACCCAAAAGUGCAUAUUUUGUUCUUCUGAUAAACAUUGGUCCGAUGAGUGUGAUAAGCACAAAACGAUGGCAGCACGUAAAGACAACAUUAAAGGCCGCUGUUUUAUCUGUCUACGUAAAGGACACUCAGUAAAAGAGUGCACAGCUGACAGAGUAUGUGUACAUUGUGGACAGAGAAAAAACCAUCACCGAAGCUUAUGCCCAAAACUAUUUGAAGAAGAGUCUCAACAAAAUGCAACGAAACAACAGUCAGCUGAUCCGAAAACAAACGCAACGGGCUCCAAUGAUACAACGUCAACAGUCAGCUGUUUACUAUCCGAUCGAGAACAGAACUGGCUAUUAACAGCAGUUGCGACUAUAAUAAAUCCUGAUAACGGCAAACAUCUCGAAGCACGUAUUGUAUUAGAUGGUGGCAAAAACUUGAUCAUUGAUACUGUUGGCGACCGUAAGCAGCAAGAGUUAUUAUCAAAUAUUGUUCAGUUUCAAAUCAAAACAAUGACUGGCAAAGUUAUCAGUAUCGAAGCGAAUACAAUUGUGAAAAUAAUCGAUGACGUUGAACCGUUCAACCCAGAACAAUUACCAGACAAAUCAAUACUACGUGAUAAAAAACUAGCUGACACGUCAAAGCGUACUGACAUUCAAAUAUUGAUUGGUAUUGAUCAUCUAUAUGAUAUUUUGACAUCAGAAAUACUGAAAAUUGGCGAGCAUCAAUACCUGAUAAGUAGCAAACUUGGUUGGUUAUUUGCUGGUAAACUGGCUACAAGUAAUCAGAAAAAAAAGGUGAGCUGUCUUUUACUAAAAACAAUCCAUGCAGAAACCAAUAACGACCUAAAAUGUUUAUGGGAAUUAGACACGUUGGGAAUAAAAACUGAAAUUGAUAUGAACGAUGACAUUGCCUUAAAAUCGUUUGACGAAACAAUCCAAUACGAAAAUAAUCGCUAUAAUGUUUCAUGGCCAUUGAUAGAAGAAGAACCAGAGUUAAAAACGAACUAUGGACUCGCUCUUGGUAGAUUAGACAAUUUAUUGAAAAAAUCUAACCAAAAGGAUCUCGCAGAGUAUGAUAAAAUUAUCAAGCAGUAUCUAGAAGCAGAAUUUAUCGAACCAGUUGAAGAUAAAGACCCAGUUGGAAAUUUAAUAUCCUACCUACCACAUCACGGAGUAAAAACAGAGUCUAAAACAACGCCGCUGCGUAUUGUCUUCGAUGGUUCGGCCAAGCAGAAGGGUGAGAAAAGUGUAAACGAUAUUAUCUAUAAAGGAAAGAAUCUGAUCGAGCAACUUGUUUUAAUUUUAUCACGAUGGAGAACCUAUGGUAUAGCUGUAAUAUCCGACAUCGAAAAAGCGUUUUUGCAACUUAUCAUCAAUGCAAAAUUUCGUGACCUGUUACGUUUCAUCUGGGUGAAAAAUUAUCAGUUAAAAACGACUAAAGAUAACACGCUAGUACUACGAUGGUGUAGAAUUCCGUUUGGUAUCACUGCUAGUCCGUUUACAUUAGCUGCGACGAUCUUAUUUCAUUUGAAAAAAUAUCCGGGUCCAGUGGCAUCAAAGUUGAGCAAAGCAUUAUACGUUGAUAAUAUGCUGUCAGGAAGUGAAACAAUCAAAGAGGUGUCAGAUCUAAUCAAAAACGCGUUGGAAAUAUUUGCGGAUGCUUCAAUGAAACUACGGCAGUGGCAUACCAAUGAAAAAACACUCGUUUCCCUUCACCCCUCAUUAGAUUGGCUCAAUGAUGAAAUCGUAUCCGUAUUGGGACUACACUGGAACACCAACACAGAUACGUUAUCAGUUAAACUGAUAGAAACUGAUAACACCAUAGCGACAAAACGAAGUAUCUUAAAGUAUUCAUCAAAAGUGUACGAUCCAUUAGGAUUUUGGUCACCGGUUAUAUUGAAAGCAAAGUUAAUUUUACAACAACUAUGGGAAGAAGACUUCGACUGGGACCAGCCCAUACCAAACAACUUAAAAAUAGAAUGGUUCGAGCUAUUAGAAGAAUUUCGUAAGAUGUCACAAGUAAAAUUACCACGGCGUUGCUUAUCACCACAUCGUAUCAACUCGAAAGUACAACUGCACGUAUUUACAGACGCAUCAAAGAAGGCAUACGGUAUUGUUAUCUAUGUACGUGUAGAAACAACGACAGGCGCUGAUACCCAACUUAUAUUUGCCAAAUCUCGAGUUGCUCCAAUAAAGUCAGCUUUAAAAAUACCCAGGUUAGAAUUGUUAGCAAUGUUGAUCGGAAAUCGUAUGCUGUGUUUUAUUCAAGAUGCGUUCAACGAGUAUGAAGUCACAAAGUUCAUGUUAUGGUCAGAUUCGAAGUGUGCUAUUGCAUGGGCACAAUCAAAUAAAAAUCUAUCACCUUGGGUUGAAAAACGAGUUACUGAAAUACGAAAAAAUGACCGCCUGUGUAUCAAUUAUGUGAAGUCCGAAGAUAACCCUGCUGAUAUUGCCAGCAGAGGUUCCGUUGUUGGUGAUCUGACUGAGUUGUGGUGGCAAGGUCCAGCUUGGCUCAGGGAAAAAGAAUCGAAUUGGCCGAUGAUAAAAAUCAACGAAUCCGAAUCCGAAGAUUUUCAAACGGAAGUGCGUUGUGCCACUCUGUUAACCACUGAUAAUGUUGAGCCUCUCAAAACACCUUUCGAAAUCAACAUUGAAGAAGUCGGCGAUAUGAACGAGUUAUUGAUGAAAACGGUUACUCAACUAAAACUUUCGGUGAAUAGAACGAAUUUCGAAACAGCAAAACAGACCUGGAUCAAGUAUGUUCAACGAGUACAUUUUGCCAACGAAUUCGAAUGUAUCAUACGUAAAACUGAACCCAAAACCAACUUGGUGAAGAAAUUAAAUCUGUUCCGAGACGAUGAUGACAUAUUGAAAGUCCGAGGUAGAUUAUCGAAUUUGAUACAAGCACCUAAUGAUAAUUAUCCGAUAUUAUUACCAAAAGGCCAUCGUUUCGUGUAUUUAUUGAUAGUUGAUACUCAUAAAAACCUAUAUCAUGCCGGAGUAUCACAAACAUUAGCAGAACUUUGCAAAGAAUACUGGUUGUUAGGUGGCAGACGUGCAGUAUAUAAUGUUAUUCAAAACUGCAAGAAUUGUAAAGUGUUCAGUGGUCCAGCCUACAAAUAUCCCAUAAUGCCUCCGAUUCCAGGAUAUCGAUUAAAAAGAGAAUUUGCGUUUUCGUACGUUGGUGUGGAUGUGCUAGGUCCACUCUAUGUUUGUAAAAAAAGAAACGCUGAAAAGAAGAAAAAUUGGAUAUGUUUAUUUUCAUGCCUGAUAACUAGAGCAGUACACCUCGAACAGCUAGAAGACAUGACUAGUGAAGAAUUACUCUCUGCUUUCCGACGCAUGUUUGCUAGACGAGGGAUAACUCAAUUUUUUCUCUCAGAUAAUGCGCCACAAUUCAACGUACUACGAAACCUUAUCAGUAGUGUUCAAGAUCAUUACCUAAAAAACAUCGAAUGGAAACAAAUACCGGCAUUUUCGCCAUGGUCUGGUGGGGUAUAUGAGAGAAUGGUAGCAUUAGUCAAAAGUGCUCUGAGAAAAACGUUCUAUCAAGUUACCUUAACUCGAAGACAAUUACAAACAACAGCAGUGGAAAUUGAAGCUGUGAUAAAUUCUCGUCCGAUUGUUUACGUAGGAGCUGAUGAUGGAAUGAUAUUAUCACCUAGUGAUUUGUUGAAUAUUCCAUUCAACAUUCCUUCCAUCUACGAACCAUCAGACAGCAGCAACAUUCUGAGAGACAUCGCAGAUAAUUGGAAGAAAGGACAACAGCAACUCGAUGCAUUUUGGAGUGUAUGGAGAAAUGGGUAUAUUGAAACGCUACGUGCAGGUAGAGAAAGGUUACAUGCUGGACAUCGUAGUGCUCCAGAGCCUCCUAAAGUCGGCGAUGUCGUUAUCAUUAAUCAAGAAAAAUUACCCAGGGGUCAAUGGGCUACAGGUGUGAUCGUUGAUUUAAACACGAGCGAAGAUAAUCAAGUGCGAUCAGCUCAAGUGAAGCUCAACACCGGAAAUAUAAUAACGCGACCCAUCUGUUUACUACAUCCAAUUGAGUCGGAGAUGAAAAAGAUAAGUGAUAUUGAGCAAACACCAUUCGAAGAAAGUACGCGGCCAACGGCAAAUACAACAGAUCCAGUGACUACAGUCAAGCCAAUACUAGAACCGAUGACAGUUCGACGUUCUGUACAGAGAGAAGCGGCGACUCGCGCUCGUGAGAAAAUACUCGAAUGGAUCAACGCUAAAUAA